AUGGAAAGAGAAAUACAAGUUUGGUGGGAUGUGGCCACAUUAGACUUUUACGUAAACAACAACAUAGUGCCUAGAGGUCUUAGACUUUUCAAAAAAUCAACAUACAAACGACAUGACUUAACAUUAUUAAAAAAAUGGGACCAACUUUUGGACAAAGGAUCCCUAUUAUUGAUGGUUUUUCUGAUCAAUGAAAAAAAGAAAGACCUAACACAACUAGACUUAGAGAUAACGGAACUUAAAGCCUCCAUUCGCCCCCUAGUGGAGAAUGGGGAAUACACAGAACUCUUGGACAAAAUUGAACGGAGAGUAAAAGACAUAGAGUCCAGUAUUAGAGAAAAUAAAAGAAAGAAAAUAAUGAGAGACCAAAAUGAUUACAAGACAAAAACACAGAGAAAUUGGAAAAGAGAUAUACCAAGACAAAGAUUCAACCACCUCAACACUUAUGAAACCAACUAUCGACUACAACCACAACGAUAUUUAGACCGGAAGGAAACAUUGAUCUCCCAAAGAACUCCCACACAAUACUCCAAUGGAUCCAAUUAUAAUAACAGAUUUGGACACAAUAACCAGGGACAAUCCCGAUCUUACCAUCAUAUGCAGAUGAGACCAAAACAUCAGGGAAGAUACCAGUCACAAUGGAAUCCGGACUCCCGCAUUCCAGAUCAGGACUCCCGUACAUACCAAAAAAGAAACUGGAGACCCAAUGAUUAUUCACAUCAACCCAUUACAGAUACAAGAACUCCAGUACAUGAUCACACCAAUGUUCAAACUACUGCACCUACUCGAGAUCAACAACCAGCCUCCAGUCAACAUAUGGAAAAUGAUUUUUUAGAGAAACGGGGGAGGAUUCCCCCCAAGAAAUUCGCAAUGGAAGACUUCAGGUCCCCGGACAUGAGAAAGAAAAGAACUAUAAGAGAAACAGAAGAAGAAGCAGAACAACAAGAAAAUCCAAAAAAAAAAAAAAAUCCAAUCCAACAGAAAAGGAGGAGGUAA